UCUCUCUCCUGUCUCCUCCCUUUGUGCGGUUUAUAGCUACUUCUCGGCUAGUACUGGGACACGCGCAUAUACACAGAUAAUGGCUGUACCUCCCACCUACGUUGACCUUGGAAAGUCAGCCAGGGAUGUUUUUACAAAAGGAUAUGGAUUCGGGCUCAUCAAGCUGGACUUGAAGACAAAGUCUGACAAUGGACUGGAGUUCACCAGCGCAUGUUCUGCCAAUACUGAGACCAGUAAAGUUGCUGGGUCGUUGGAGACCAAGUACAAGUGGAUGGAGCAUGGACUGACCUUCACAGAGAAGUGGAACACUGACAACACCCUGGGGACGGAGAUCACCAUUGAGGACCAGUUGACUAAAGGUCUGAAGCUCACAUUUGAGUCCUCCUUCUCCCCAAACACUGGCAAGAAAGGUGGCAAGAUCAAGACGGGCUACAAAUGUGACCACGUCAACCUCGGCUGCGACGUCAACUAUGACAUCAAUGGCACAGCUAUCCACGGUGCCGGCGUGGUGGGCUAUGAGGGCUGGCUCGCUGGCUACCAGACGACCUUUGAGGCGGGGAGGAACAAGGUCACUCAGAGCAACUUUGCUGUUGGAUACAUGACUGAUGAGUUCCAGCUCCAUACAAAUGUAAAUGAUGGUACAGAGUUUGGUGGUUCCAUCUACCAGAAGGUGAACGACAAGCUGGAAACAGCUGUCAACCUGGCCUGGACUGCUGGGAACAGCAACACCCGCUUCGGCAUCGCUGCCAAGUAUCAGAUUGAUUCGGAUGCAUCUUUCUCUGCCAAGGUGAACAACUCCAGCCUGGUGGGACUGGGCUAUACUCAGACUCUGAAGCCAGGCAUCAAGCUUACGCUCUCUGCUCUACUUGAUGGCAAAAAUAUCAACUCCGGUGGCCACAAGCUCGGUCUUGGUCUUGAGUUCCAGGCAUAAGAGGGGGAAAAGCCAGUGGCUCUUCUACGAGCAUUUUCUCACCAAAAAAAAGAAGAAAUCAAUCCUUUUACUAGUCCCACCUCACAAACCCCCUUCCCCUUAAACAUGUUACAGGUAGAAGCAAGGCAGAGUGGUGAAUUUUGGAACAAAACUGAUAGUUUAAUUGAAGGUUCGAUGGUACAUUGCAUAACUUGCAGAAGCCUUGAAUGCAUUCAUGUUGGUCUCGUUUAUUUUUUCUUAUACAUUCUCAUGCAAUGCUUUAAAAAAAUUUUUCUUGUAUAUUUUAAAUCAAGUGAAAAGGGACAAUUUAAAUCAAAUCAGCCCCAAAUCCAAAACCGGCAUGACACCGUUACGCAGUUGUGAAUUUAUGCCUUCAGAUGGUGCUGUUACAUAGCACAAAUGAACACUUUACUUCAAAAGGUAUAGCGAAAAAGUUUUAUUCGAAUAUUUCAACACUGAGCUUGUCUACGUCUUUAUUUUAAAGGGGAAGAGUUAGUUGUCCCGGAUGUACGCAGCUACCAGUAGCUCCAAGAGACACUACAUCCCAAUGUGUACAUUCUAUAUUUUUGUGUCACCUGUCUUUUUUUGUGUCUGUGCAUUUGGUGAGAGUCAUGUUGUUACGUUUAGCAGCAGAGAAUAUUAUUUUAUGAGAGUCUUGUGUAGUUGAAACCACUUGAAGUCUUACUAAGGCAGAUGUAUAAAUUUAUCUGGUCAAGAACACAACAGGUCCAAUUGUCAUGCACGUAACUGAGCUCUUGGUCAGAGUUUGUGCUUUUUAGGAGGAGGAUGGAAAGAAUAAAUGCACUCCAGGAAAUGGUUGUCUUCCACAACUGAUUAUGGGAAUCAAGAUUGUUGUGCUUGACAGGAUUGUCACUCCUUGGAACUAAAUAAAAAGCGUCUU